AUGUCGGUUAGAUCCUACUUAGUUAACUUGAAGCAUGCAUUGAAGCAAAAAAAUGUCAGCACUCCGUAUCGAGUUGUCACAGGUAACCAGUCGGCAGAUAUGGACUCUGUUGUGUCUGCUAUUACUUUUGCGUUCUUGACACAUUCCCUCAAAGCACCUGGUCAAUUCGUAAUCCCAUUGAUUGACAUUCCCAAAGCAGACUUUGCCUUGAGAAGAGACAUCAACAAGCUUUUACAAUAUCAUGAUAUCACCGAAGAUCUUUUGUACUUUGUUGAAGAUUUCGAUGGAUUCUUAAAAAAUAGCACCUCGAUUGAUUUGUCCUUGGUCGAUCACAACGGCUUACAAGGGGUCGAGAUCAACAAAGCUUUCGAUGCUGGACUCAUCAAUGUUGAAGCCAUAAUAGACCACCACGCCGAUGAAGGAAUAUUUGAAAACGCCGAUCCUAGAGUAAUUAGAACAUGUGGGUCAAACUCGACGUUGGUAUUUCAUUACUUUCACAGUUUAACAUCAGAAAAUGACAAGUUUUGGGAGACGAACAAAGAUGUAGUUGAAUUGCUAUUGGGACCAUUACUAAUUGACACCUCUAACAUGACACAGAAAGUCGAAGACCCUGACGUCAAAGCUGUUGAAUUUUACAAAAGAAUUUUGGCUAAUGAUACUGUUAAUUUUGCAUCGCAAUCCAGCUACGAUGACUUCUACAAGACAUUGAAAACGGCAAAGAAAGACAUCAGCGGAUUCAGCUUUGCAGAUAUUUUGAGAAAAGACUAUAAGCAGUUCAAGUUUCUUCACAAUGACAGAGUUGGAUUCAGUUCAAUCAGCAAGCCUUUACUGUGGAUCGCAAACAAAUUUUCAGCAGAUGAAAUCAAGCAGGACCUUUCAAAGACAUUGAAGAACAACCAAAUUGAUUUGCUAGUCAUCACUUCAUCUUUCAACCAAAAAGAAACAGGCAUACACACUAGGGAGUUUUCAUAUUACUUUGAAGAAGAGAAUGGAAAGUAUGCCGAUUUGUAUCAGCUGGUUUGGCAGCAGCUUGAACUAAGCACAGACUUGUACAAAUGCGAGGCUAUCAACUCCUUAAUAAAUGCCAUCAACGACAGAGAUUCACACUUGAAGAUUUUCAACCAAAAGAAGGUUACGGCUACUCGAAAACAAGUCGUUCCUAUAGUCAAGGAGGCGUUGGAGAAGUAG